AUGGCUGUAUUUAUGGUCGCAGAUAUAAAGGGCUGCACAGGAAUUGAGAAAUAUCCUUGGAGUUAAGCCUGUGGUGGAAGCACAAGAAUGGACAGGAAGCAUGGAAAAUAUGUGGUAAAUGUUGAACGCUCUGAAAACCAGUCUCCAAUCACAUGUUCAGAUGACCAAGAGGCUCACAGCUCUGCAUGCUGGCAUCGACCUUCAAAUGACACAACCAGUCAUGUCUCUUCUAACUUAACUGGACUGUAUGUGAGCCCAGGAGUCCUUGUACACUCACGAUGCCCACACAUAGAAUUAUCCAAUACACAGGUAAAAGGAAAUUGCUGUAAUAACUGGUCUCUGUGGGAAGUCUUUUUGGCUUGUCUCUUAGCCUCUGUGAUAACAACAGCAAUUGGAGUACUCAUAAUAUGCCUGGUGAACAAUAGAGGAAGUGACAAUUCUCCCAUUACUAGCCAGCUAUCCUCCAACAAUGACAUUCCCAGAAUGACAUCUACUACUACCAAACCUGCAGUGACCACCACUUCAACUGAACCUACAACUAUAACCACUUCCACAGAAUCUGCAACCACUGCAAUGUCCACUGAACCUACAACCUCCACAGCCCCCACCACUGCUACAACAGGACCUACAACUUUGACAGCCCUCACAGUCACUACAGCAGAAUCUACAACCUUGGCAGGUGCCACCGUCACUACAACAGGAUCUACAGCCUCAACAGGUGUCACCAACACCGCAACAUGA